AUGUUCUGGGACCUUAAUGUUGUUUGGGAUGCCAAGCGUGCAGCAGCGUUUGCUGAUACCGCCCUGAGGUUUGGCUAUGCAGGUCUUGCAUACAACGUGACCCUGUCUGGGCAGCAAGUCCUCGACUUGCGGUCUCACCAGUGCCCCAUCCCGCCGCCAGUGGCCCUGUCUCCCACACAGCAGGGACCACUCUGGCGAACGACGGUGGCGGACCUCGGCCUCGACAGCGAGAAGCACGGGGCACUGCUUCAGCUACGACGAUUGACGCUUUGUGCUUCCGAUGUGGCGCAGGUGACUGCCGCAGCCGAUGUGUCAGCCUUGAGGCCAUCUUACCACAUCCUCGCCCUGCGUCCCACUUCUGAGGAAGCGUUCCAGGCUGCCUGUGAGAAGGGUGUGUGCGACAUCAUCUCUCUGGAGAUGGACGACAAACUUCCGUUUCAGUUGAAACGCAAGGAUGUGCUGGCCUUCCUGCAUCGUGGUGGCAUCUUUGAGUUGGAGUUUGGGAGUGUUCUUCGUGAUGCAGCUCGACGCCGGUCAUUCCUGGCCAACCUUGAGCAGCUUCUCCACGUGACGCGCGGCAGGAACGUGCUGCUGAGCAGUGGCGCCCUUGACCCGCUGGAGAUGAGGUCGCCUGGCGACUUGGCCAAUGCUGCAGCCGUGCUCGGCCUCCGUGGGGAGAAGGCGAAGCAGAGCCUGACAGAGGUUCCCUACCGUGCGUUGCAGCGUGGUGUGCUCCGGGGCGGUUGCAGCCAGGUCCUGUCCACACCUUCGGGCCCUGAAGCCGACGUGGACAUGGGCGGAGAGCAGCAAAUGCAAAGGGCUUUGCCAUGUCGACUAUGGGAUUUGCCUACUUCUGCUAGCUCAGAGAGCCUUUAA